UUGAGUUCAGCACCGUGGAGGCUCCAUGAAAAGCUGACAGGCUGGCUGCUUCAGGGACAGGGAUGCCCGAGGUGUUUAUGGCACUAAUUACGAAGUGAAGAUAAACAUUGUCAUUUUCACAUCCCGAAGAAAGCAAAUGAGCAGCUAUGCUGUGGGACCCCGUCGCUCCCUCCUUCUCUGUGCUAUCCAGCAAAUCGAAUUACAUCACGCCCACGUCCUGCGGGACUGGCUCCGCGACCACAUGAUCUAAAUGUGGAAUCUGUUCGUCAGGGAGAGGGUCUGGAAACAAUAACUGGACUGGGAAGCGGAGAGGGAAGUUUGCAUUUCAAGGCCUGGCAUUAAAUAUGCUGGAAUUCAAAUAAGAGCGAUUUAUCUUUCCUGUCAAAGCUGGGGUUAUGAAGUCUUCUGGACCGAACAGACGAUGGAAGUGGAGCCUGCGUACUUAGACUUCAUUACCUGCGAUCGGACUGGUCGCCGGAACGCCGUGACUGACAUCGAAGGAGAGUCCUCCACGUUGGCGACGAGCGACCUUACCAAAGACCUUGCCCAGAUGGAUUUAAAAACGCAAGGUGAACAAGUUCCUGAUACCAGUACUGGCAGUCAUCUGGAGAAUCCAGCAGGGAGCAACCCCUCUUAAAGACAUGAUGUUUUCGAGAAUGAAGAGAGUUAAUGGCCUGCUCAGCGUCUGUCGACUUUUUAUUUGAAGUGACGGCGACAAUGCCAGCUCCUUCGGCAGCGUGGGGCCUUCAUGGAGUAGCACAGUGUGUCAGUUUCACUAAUAAGACAUCCUUUCAGUGGAGGGAUUCUUGCCAUCCUUACAAAUAAAGAUGCCUUGUUUUUCCUUCUUUCCGGUGCCUUCAGGAUACUAGUCGAAAUCUUUGCCUCAUUUUUGAGGGAAAAAAAGUUGUUUUUGUUGUGCGUAGCUGAAAUUAUGGAACUAACGAACGAAUGAGGAUUGUGCUGGCAAAAAGAACCGCUCUCUGAGCAGCUGUCCAAAAAAUGACUGCAUUCCUUGUGCUUUUUGUGACAUUGUUGGACUCUCUUCACGCCGUGAAGUUUUUUUUUUUUUUUUGCCAGGCCUUCCUUACAUUUAAUGUCAAGACGAUAAACACCAAGGUACUGGUUUAGCAGCAGUGGUAUUUAUUUCCAAGUAAAUUUUGAUAGAAACGUGAAUUCAAAGUUUAGCCAUGAAAAUGUAUCAAACGUUUUUGUUAUUACUUCCAACAUUUCCUUCCAGAGUCACCUUGUUUUUCUGGUGCAUAUGCCAGCAUGCGCUCCUUUAUUCAAAUUGAAGUUCUUUUCUUAUGGGUGUGUGAUGCAGCAUUUUCAUUUGUUGGGUCUUGGUUUGGAUUAUAGGUCCAUUAAACUCCAAUAAUCUGCAAGGUAUGCUGGGAACCCUGAAAGUCUGAAUUUGCUGUACGCAUCAUUUUCAGUUUUUUUUUUUUUUUUCCCUCCAUGGGUGGCAAAUGUCUAAAACCCUCUAUUCUUAAUUUCUUAAUUAAGUUAAUGCUGUUUCCUUUUCUUUCAUUAUAUUGGUUUUAUUUUUUGUAUUGCAUGUCUUUUAUAUGGGCUGCUGCAAAUAGGUGUGGAAGAAUAAAAUAAAUAAAACAAAUAUUUAUUAGCACAUGACACUGUAAAUGUAGGGUGUAUAAAGCAUUUGAUCUGAUUGUGAUUGGGAUGUGUGGUAAGGCAGCGGACAACUCUGCUUCAAAAAAGAAACUCUCAUCACUAUUUCAGGUUUUUGUCACGUUUGUUGAAAUUUAGAAGCGGUUAACUAAAAUAAAAAAAAAUUAAGUAGGAUUGUUCAUUAUAUUUAUAUCAUUAUAUGAAUAUGUACAUAAUGUGUAAAAUAAUAUUUGCAGUCAUUGAGCAGUUUCCCCAUUUUCUGAACUUGAAUUGUUGGGAUGCCUGCAGCCCGGAGCACAAGGCCCAAUUUUUGACAAAAGCAAGUGGUACACACCUUUUUGCACCCGGAUAAUAAAACCGACCAAAUGGGUAUUUGGUAUGCACACAGCAAUUACGUAAAGUGAAAGCAAAAAUCCCAUUCAGAUAUGUGGAAAAACUGAAAUUACACAAUUACACAGAGAUGAGAAUUCAAUUGCAAUAUUUGGCUGAUGCUUUUGUCCAACUGCAGUUACACAAUUGCAUAGAGAUGAGAAUUUAAUUGCAAUAUUCGGCUCAUGCUUUUGUCCAAUUGCAAUUACACAGAGAUGAGAAUUCAAUUGCAAUUUUCGGCUGACGCUUUUGUCCAACUGCAGCCACACAGUUACACAGAGAUGAGAAUUCAAUUGCAAUAUUUGGCUGAUGCUUUUGUCCAACUGCAGUUGCACAACUGCAUAGAGAUGAGAAUUCAAUUGCAAUAUUCGGCUGAUGCUUUUGUCCAACUGCAGUUGCACAACUGCAUAGAGAUGAGAAUUCAAUUGCAAUUUUCGGCUGAUGCUUUUGUCCAACUGCAGUUACACAAUUGCAUAGAGAUGAGAAUUUAAUUGCAAUAUUCGGCUGAUGCUUUUGUCCAAUUGCAAUUACACAGAGAUGAGAAUUCAAUUGCAAUAUUCGGCUGACGCUUUUGUCCAACUGCAAUUGCACAGAGAUGAGAAUUCAAUUGCAAUGUCCGGCUGAUGCUUUUGUCCAACUGCAAUUACAGAGAUGAGAAGUGAAUUGCAAUAUUUGACACUUUUGUCCAAAUUGGCUUAAAAAGUUUAGGGUACAAUUAUGUGCCUAGAGGUUAAUUGUUGUAACGGGACAGUUAAAUGAUUCAAGGUGAGUCGAAGGCAGCAUAACCUUGAGCUAUAAAUACAGUGUCUGAACAACUACACCACACAAAUUGCACAGAUCUCGCCAGCUACUCUCAAUGAAACAUACACGUAAUAAUUGAAUUCCUUUGUUACUCAACCAGCUUUAACCAAAUAUAGAAUUGAA